GUUGAAAAAAAAUUUUAAAUAAAAUUAAAAAAAAAAGAUCGUAAGAUCUCUAAAUGUUAAGCAGUAGAGGAACAGAUUAAAUUAUGCUAUUUAAUGGAACCAUAUACAAAUAUUAGAAGGAAGGCAGAUUGAAAGAUAUCUAUCACACUGAGUAAAAGCAAGUUGCUGAACAGCAUGUAUAUUAUGAUCCCAUCUCCCAUUUAAAUUAAAAAAAAAAUCAAUUUGCUCUUUCUUUCUCUCUCUGUCUUUAGUUCUGGAAUGAUAGUUACCAAAAUGUAGCUAGUGGUCUCAUCCCAGUGGCCUUGACCCUCGCAAUAAUCAUCCAGAUUAUUGGGAAGGGUGAAGGAAACUUUAAAAUUUUACAUCUGUGUGUGUGUGUGUUUAACAGCCAUGGUAUUUUGGCAUUUAAAAUCUAUAAAAAGAAAGAGCUUCAAGACCCAAACGGAUGACGUAGUUGUGCAAGAUGACGGGUGAUGUGGCGGUUACUUUGUGGCUCACCCAGUUGUGAACCCAAUAGGGUUGCAGAGGAAGAUGUCAGAAGAGGAAGAAGAUGGGCUGUUAUGCACUUGGGUUUUGAGUAUCUAGGCAAAUGGGACUACUUUUGACAGGAAUGAGGAAACUGGAAAUAGAGGUUGAUUUACAAUGUGACUUCUGCUUGGGCCACAUUGAGAUGAGAGCAGGAUUUCAAAAUGGACAUGUCCCGAAGGGAAAGCGAGCUGUGAGCCAUCAGAGCUGAGAAGUUGGAGGUUUGGAGAUCACUGGCAUCUGCGGGCAGAUGAAGCCAGAAAAGGUGUGAAGUUGGGGGAGGGCAGAGGGGGUGACCUGAGACCACGGAGACUCAGUUUGCCCUGGCGAGUGAUCCUGCUGAGCACUGUGCACAUUGGGGAGCCAGGAAAAGACAGAGGGGAGUUGUCCUUGUUUGAAGACAGCAGUGAAGACGAAACCUGGGGAGAAGAAGCUGACCGACGUGGUGGUGCAGAGUGGACUGAAUGUCAGGAGGGAUGAGGUCAAACCCCUGGUCAGCUGAGGACCCCGAGAGAAGGUCCGCUCUCCACCCAGGAGGUGAAUUUUGUAGCAUGUCAGCUCUUUGCCUUGUUCGCUGCUUUCUGGUUCCGCAUCUACUUAAGUCCUGGUAAAACCAGUCCCGAUGUCCGGCACGCGUUUGCCACCAUUUUUGGCAUCUAUUUUGUCAUCUUUUGUUUUGGCUGGUACUCUGUGCAUCUUUUUGUGCUGGUGUUAAUGUGCUACGGGAUCAUGGUCACAGCAAGCGUAUCCAGUAUUCACAGAUACUCCUUCUUUGUAGCAAUGGGAUACCUUACAAUAUGCCACAUCAGCCGGAUAUACAUCUUCCACUAUGGAAUUCUCACUACAGAUUUUUCUGGGCCUCUGAUGAUUGUCACACAGAAGAUCACGACCUUGGCAUUCCAAGUUCAUGAUGGAUUAGGUCGAAGAGCUGAAGACCUCUCUGCUGAGCAACAUCGACUUGCUGUGAAGGUGAAGCCCUCCUUUUUGCAAUACUUAAGCUAUCUUCUCAACUUCAUGAGUGUCAUAGCUGGCCCUUGCAACAAUUUCAAGGAUUACGUAGCCUUUAUGGAGGGGAGACAUACGCACAUGAAGUUGCUGGAAGUGAACUGGAAACAGAGCGGUUUCCAGAGCCUGCCAGAGCCUUCUCCCACCGGAGCAGUGAUCCGCAAGUUGUACAUGACCUUGGUGUCUCUCCUUCUGUUUUUGACACUCACGAAGACCUUCCCUGUCACCUGCUUGGUUGAUGACUGGUUUGUUCAUAAAGCGAACUUUCUGACUCGACUGUGCUACUUGUAUAUCGUCAUGCAAGCCUCGAAGCCCAAGUAUUACUUUGCCUGGACGUUAGCUGAUGCAGUGAAUAAUGCAGCAGGCUUUGGGUUCAGCGGAGUGGAUAAGAAUGGAAAUUUCUGUUGGGAUCUGCUUUCUAACCUAAACAUCUGGAAAAUUGAGACUGCCACAAGUUUCAAAAUGUACUUAGAAAACUGGAAUAUUCAGACAGCUACUUGGCUAAAGCGAGUGUGCUAUGAGCGGGUUCCCUGGUACCCCACGGUGCUAACCUUUGUCCUGUCUGCCUUGUGGCAUGGUGUCUACCCUGGAUACUAUUUUACCUUCUUAACUGGAACCCUUGUCACAGUAGCAGCCAGAACGAUGAGGAACAACUACAGACAUUACUUCCUUUCCUCAAAAGCCCUCAAGGUUGCAUAUGAUGUGGUCACCUGGGCGGUCACUCAGCUGGCCGUGUCCUACACCGUUGCUCCCUUCGUUAUGUUAGCAGUUGAACCAACCAUCAGCUUAUACAAGUCCAUGUACUUUUAUUUACACAUCAUAAGUCUUCUGAUAAUACUAUUUCUGCCGGUCAAACCCCAUGCUCAUGUUCAGAGGCAGCCUCAGACUCUGAACUCCAUUAAUAAGAAGAAAAAAGAUUGAUACCUCCAAGAAAAAGCGGAGCGUGUAAAACUGCAAAACAUCGGAAAGUUGAGACCAAAAGGCUCAAGGGUUCUCCAGUGACUUAGAAGCAGUGUUUACAUGCAUUUUUUUUUAAGUGCAGGGAGAAUUUUUAUCAAGCCUUUUUAAGUCAGCCAUGUCCGGUUGACUUAAUAGUUCCUAGGACACUUGAGUGGGGUGGAGGUAUGUGCAGAAUGUGCCAGCGACCGUGCAGUCUGGGCUGCUGGGUCUUUGCUUCUCUGGCACCAUUUCCAGCCACGGGAGCCCAUACAUCUGCUCCGGAAGGCAGAAGGUGUGGUUGCUGACAGAGCUGAUCUUCCAGAAUAUACCCAGAUACGGUUGUUCCUUGGGAAGCCCCAGACCCUUUGACCACAGUGACGACACUCAGAAGACCACGGAGGAGAAGGAGCCGGCACGAAAGAACCAGGAGGACUUGCCGUGAACACUUGAGUGGAUGGAAAAUCAGGCAUGCCCGAAAGUAGGCUGCAUUUUUUUCCCCAAGAGAUAGAACUCUUCCCUUUUUUCCUUCUGAACUGAGCCAAGAUUGGAAAUCAGUCUCCUGUACUCCAGGAGUCUAGGAAGGGCUACUGUUUUCCAUUUCACACACGCCAUCUCUUUGCCCAGGGAUGGCCCUGAGAAAACACCCAAAUGUUUGUACCAUCAAAGGCAGAAUAAAUAAGCCUUCUAAAUAAGUAAUUUGUUUUAAAAAAGUAAAGUUCCAUAGAAGCUUGUUAAGAAGCAGCAUUUUUCUCUUUGCUCACCUCAUUUCGUGGAGGUGUCCAUGAUCUUGGUUAUGAUACACACACCAGCUGAUUUUCACUUUUCUGGUUUUGCAGUUGAUUAAAUUUGACUAUUUUAGUUGAAUCAUUGUAUCGGAGAGCAGAAAUGGAGGACCGUUUUCUAUCCUUGUUAUGAAUGUGCUGUGGUUCCUUUCGGGGACUUCUAUUGGAUAAUAUUCUAUGUGGGAGAAAGAAACAUGGUAUUAAAUGUGCAAAAUGAUGAAACUGAUAAUAAUAAAUUAUAUGUUACAACAGUGUACCCUAAAGUAAUGGUGAGAGAAUUUGUUCCAAUCAGAUGGCUCCCAAUUGGUUUUUUACCAAAUGAAUGCUGUGUUUCUAUAUAAAGGAAGCAUUCCUGAAUGGAAUGAUUGCUUUUUGUUUCUGUGAGGGGUGACUCGGCAUUCUGAAGCACGUGCCUUAUAUUUGUGUGUUUCUCUAAGUUUUAACAAAUGCACAUAGUUCAGGUUUUUCUCUUAAGUUUUAACAAAUGCACAAAGUUCCAGUUUUUACUUGUUUAAAUUUGACCUUUUAUGACCUGUUCAAUUUGUCCUCUAUGUCAGGUACUUGGAAGGUUUUGGUUUUUUUGGUUUAAUUUCCUAUCUUCAUUCCCAACUUUGCAGGUAGGAUUAACCCCUCAGUGCCCCCACAGUCACAGAGACUGUGCCCCUACAGUCACAGAGUUAGUGAAGGAGCAGAGAUUAAAAUCAAAUUCCAAAGCUUUGGACAGUUUGUAAUUUCCAGGAGGUACCCUGUUGCUGCUUAGGGCGAUGAAAUGUGAAGUGAUGUGCUUGUCCCUUGAAGAGUUUGUAUGGUGUUCAUGGAGAAUACUAGAACCUAAACUGUAGGCCUUAUAUGUAAGAUAAUGGAAGUUAAGAAAUAGCACAUUUUGGCCGGUGUUUGAGGCUCACCCCAAUUUAACCAGGUAACCUUGGGGCAAUACCACCUUGCUGGUCCACGAGGAAUGUUAGGGGAGAGGGGAUAUGGGUACUUACCAUCUAUCAGGGGCUUUUUCCAACAGGAACACGUAGAGGUGCAAGACCAAGAAAAAUGCACACCAGUAAAAAUGAUAUAGAUCACCGUGGGCCCAAAGUCUUUGGAGUAAUCCAUAUUACAGUAAAGUCUUUGAACUUGGCAAUAUGAUUUAUAUUCAGGCUUCACUGUAUCUAAAUAACUUCAUUUCUGAGAGAAAAAGUUUGGUAACAAGAGGAGGGGUGAUCACCAGGGUGACCAUCCUGUUGUACCAGUGACUUUACUGACCCCUCAGUCGUGGGGAAACUUGGACCAUUUGGUCCCUCCCGUGUUUGCCGAGAAUCAAGUAUUACAGAAUGGAGUCAAAGUCAGGCCUUUGGAAUCUGGGCUCAUAGAGGCCUUAUGUCAGACAGCGCUGGGCUCUUAGGCACAUUUUUCUUAUUGUGGGACUUUAUUCAGUGCAGGCACUUUAUUGUGCUUUGCAGAUACUGCGUUUUUUGUUGUUGUUUUUACGAUUUGAAGAUUAAUGGCAACUCUGUGUUGAGCAAGUCUGUUGGCAACAUUUCUCCAACACCAUUUGCUUACUUCGUGUCUGUCUCAGCUUGGUGAUUCUCACAAUAUUCCAAACAUCUUUGUUAUUUUAUAUUUCUUAUGGUGAUCUUUGAUGUUACUAUUGUGACUGUUUUAGGGUGCCAUGAAGCACACCCAUAGAAGACAACAAACUUAAUUGAGAACUGUGUGUGUUCAGACCUCUCCACCAACCAGUUGUUCCCCCAACUCCCCCUCUCCUCAGGCCUCCCUAUUCCUGAGACACAAUAUUGAAACUAGGCCCAUUAAUCACCCCACAAUGGCCUCUGAGUGUUCAAGUGAGAGCAAUAAUCACACAUCUAUCACUUUAAAUCAAAAACUAGAAACGAUUAGACAUGGUGAGAAAGGCAUGUUGAAAACAGGCUAAAAGCUAGGCCCCUUGCGUCAAACAGCCAAGCUGUGUUUCAAAGAAAAAAGUUCUUGCAGGAAAUUCAAAGCGUUACUCCAGUGAAACAGGAAUGAUAAGAAAGCAAAAGAGCCCGGUUGCCAGUUUGGAGACAGUUAUAGUGGUCUGGAUAAACCAAACCAGCCACAGCAUCCCUUACGUCAAAGCUGCAUCCAGAGCAAGGCCCUAACUCUCUUCAGUUCUAUGAAGGCUGAAAGAGGUGAGGAGCUACAGAAGGAAAGUUUGAAGCUAGGAGAGGUUGGUUCGUGAGGUUUAAGGGAAGAAACCGUCUCCAUGACAUCAAAGUUCACGGUGAAGCAGCAGGUGCUGAUGUAGAAGCUUCGGCAAGUUCUCCAGAAGUUCUAGCUGAGGUAGUUAAUGAAGGUGGCUAUGCUAAAUAGUCUUUUACUGGAAGAAGAUGCCAUGUAAGGCUUUCAGAGCUGGAGAGAAGUCAAUGCGUGGCUUCAAAGCACGUCUGGCUCUUGUUAGGGGCUAAUGCAGUGGGUGACUUCAAGCUGAAGCCAAUGCUAGGUCCCUUAAGAAUGACGCUAGGUCUACUCUGCCUGCCCUCUAUAAAUGGAAGAACAGAGUCUGAAUGACAGCACAGAACAGAGUCUGAAUGACAGAUGCCAUGUAAGGCUUUCAGAGCUGGAGAGAAGUCAAUGCAUGGCUUCAAAGCACGGCUGGCUCUUGUCAGGGGCUAAUGCAGUGGGUGACUUCAAGCUGAAGCCAAUGCUAGGUCCCUUAAGAAUGACGCUAGAUCUACUCUGCCUGCCCUCUAUAAAUGGAAGAACAGAGUCUGAAUGACAGAGUCUGAAUUACAACAUGGUUUCCUGAAUCUUUUAGGCCCACAGUUGAGACCUAGUGCUUGGGGAAAAAACGAUCCCUUUCAAUAUAUUACUGCUCAUUGACAGUGUCCCUGGUCACCCAAGAGUUCUGAUAGAGAUGGACAGAGAUGAACGGUGUUUUCAUGCCUGCUGAUGCGAUAUCCACUCUGUAGCCCAUGGAUUAAAGGGUAAUUUUGAUUUUUACGUCUUAUUAAUACAUCUCCUAAGGUAUAGCUGCUAUAGAUAAUGAUUCUUCUGAAGGAUCCAGGCAAAGUAAACUGAAAACUUUCUGGGGUUCUCGUCCAAGAUGGUGACCUAGGAAGACCCCCUUCCUCCCCUCCUCCAUGGAUACAGCAAAUCUACACCUAUUUAGAGUAGUUCCUCCUGAAGAAGAACUGGGGGCUAAGCAGGUUUUGCACAGGUAAAGAUAAGCCAUGUAGAGAACAGCAAGAGAGAGGGGAGACAUGGCAAUGAAGGGAACCCCCCAUCCCCAAUGCUGCAGACGGCAGUGGGGAGGAAUAGUAUUGAGGGAUCGUGAGCAGAUUCAUCUGACGUGAUGUGGGGCACAGAAAAAAAAGCCAUGGUUUACAAGGGCAACUAGAAUAAGAAUAUAAAGGAACUGCUCUAGAACCCUGCAAAUGGCUGGUGAGUUUCUGGAACUUUCUCUGGGUUGCAGGGGCUGACGAGUACCAUGGUUUAUGUUCACCUUCCUUUUUUUUUCUUUUUUUAAAGUUUUUUUAAUAAGCUUAUUUAUUUUUGAGAGCAAGUGAGCAAACAAGCAUGAGCAAGAGAGAGGCAGAGAGAGAGAAUCCCAAACAAGCUCUGCACUGCCAGUGAGGGGCCCGACGUGGGGCUCAAACUCAUGAACCGUGAGAUCAGGACCUGAGCCAAAAUCGAGAGUCAGAUGCUUAACUGAGAGAGCCACCCAGCACUACUGUUUUCCUUCCUUCUUGACAGUGCAGAUGACAACAGGGUUCUGGUACCAUAGCUGGCCCGCCGACUCAAAGCCCUGGGACCCUAGCCCACACCAGCCAAAGAUGCUCUGGGGCACAGAAAAAAAGUGGUUUCAAAGAGCAACUAGAAUGGAAGAGAUCCAGCCCUAGACCUCUUCCAAAUAGCAGAUCUUCUGGAACUCUAUCCAGAUUAGAGGGGCUGGGGAGCACCAUGGUUUAUGUUUACCAUGUACCGUGAUAGUGUAGAUGGAGGGAAGGUUCUGGGCACCACAACUGGCCAGCCACCUCAGUGAGCCCUGGGUGCCUAGUUCAUACCAGCCACAGAUACCCCUGGGCACAGAAAAAAAGCCAUGGCUUAACCUUGGUUAACUUUCCUUCUCCACCCUGAUAGCAUGGGUAGGAGCAGCGUUCAGGUCCACCCUAGCCAGCCUACUGCCUCAGUGAGCUCCAGGCACCUAGCCCACACCAGCCCCAGCCAUCCCACCAAGGUGGCCCCAGCAUGGUAUAUACCAGGACACUCCUAGUCAACACAAACUACAGCUUUAGCCAUCUCACCAAGGUAACACAGUCACAAAGCAUCCCAGAACAAUCCAAGCCUAUCUGAUAGGGAAAAAAAAACAACCCUACCUACAACCAAGAAUACUCUACCUGGCAAAGUUAUUCAGAAUUGAGGGAGAGGUAGAGUUUCUGAGACAGCAAUUUUAAAUGUUCAUCACCACUCAAUUGGCCUUAGGAGAAAUGUUAAAGGUACUUCUUUAAAUGGAAAAUAAAAGGACAUAAUUAGGAGAAAAUUAUAAAUUAAAAGAUGUAAAAUGGAACAACAUAUACAUAAAAUGUAGAGUGGGGAGUGAAAAAGGGACUAUCAACUUAAUAUAGAUUGCUGUGUACUUAGGAUGUUACAUGUGAACCACAUGGUACCCUAGAAUAUAUGUACAAAAAAUAGAAAGUAGUAAAAGCGUAACACCUACAGAAAGUCACCAGUCAUAAGGAGAGAGCAAGAAACUUAGAAAAACUACAAAAAAAUGAAAGAGAACAAAAUGUAGCAAGUACAUAUCUAUCAAUAAUUACUUUAAAUGUAAAUGGCCUAAAUGGUCCACUUAAAAGACAUUACUUUAAAUGUAAAUGGCCUAAAUGGUCCACUUAAAAGACAUUACUUUAAAUGUAAAUGGCCUAAAUGGUCCACUUAAAAGACACAGGGUGACUAAAUGGAUAGAAAAACAAGACCUUCUAUAUGUUGCCUAGAAGAGACUCACUUGAGAUUUAAAGACACAAAGUAAAAAACCAAUGUAGCAAUAUUUAUAUCAGAAAAAAUGGACUUUAAAACAAAGUCUGUAAUGAGGGACCACGAAGGACAUUAUGUAAUGAUAAAGGGAUCAGUCCAACAAGAGGAUAUAACAAUUGUGAAUAUCUAUGUACAAAACAUUGGAACACCUAAAUACAUAAAGCAAAUAUUAAUAGACGAAAAGGGAGAAACUGACAGGGACUUUAACACCUCACUUAAAUCAGUGGAUAGAUCAUCCAGGCAGAAAAUAAAAAAAAAAACAAUAGUAUCUUUGAAUGAAACAGACCACAUGGACUUAACACAUCUGUAUGAAUGUUCCAUCCCCAAAAUACCAACAGAAUACAUGUUCUUUUCAAGUGCACAUGCAACAUUCUCCAGGACAGAUCACAUGUUAUGCCACAAAACAACCCUUAAUAAAUUUUGAAAGAUUGACAUCAUAUUCAUCUUUUCUGACCACAAUGGGAUUGGACUAGAAAUCAAUCAUGGGGGAAAAAACUGGAAAAAAUACAAACGUAGAGUCUAAACAACAUGCUACUGAACAACCAAUGGGUCAAUGAAAACACAACAGCCAAAAUCUGAGACACAGCAAACGCCAUUUUAAAAAGGAAAUUUAUAGUGAUACAGACCUACCUCAAGGAACAAGAAAAGGGGUGCCUGGGCUUCUCAGUUGGUUAAGUGUCUUGAUUUGAGCUCAGAUCAUGCUUUUACGGGUUCAUCAGUUUGAGCCCCAUGUUGGGCUCUGUGCUGACAGUGCACAGCCUGCUUGUAAUUCUCUGUCUCCUCUCUGUGCCCCUCUCCUGCUUGUGCUCUCUCUCUCUCUCUCAAAAAUAAAUAAGCUUAAAAUAGAUAAACCUUUAGCCAGAUUCAUCAAGAAAAAAAAAGAGAGAGGACCCAAAUAAAUUCAGAAACAAAAGAAAUGACAGCUGACACUACAGAAAUACAAAGGAUUUUAAGAAACUGGUAAGGAAAAUGAUAUGCCAACAAAUUGAACAAUGUAGAAGAAACAGAUAAAUUUCUAGAAAUAUACAAUCUUCCAAAACUGAAUCAGGAAGAAAUGGAAAAUUGGAACAGACCAGUUAGUCAUAACCAUAUUAAAUCAGUAACCUAAAAACUCCCAACAAACAAAUGUCCAGGACCAGAUGGCAUCACAGGUGAGUUCUACCAAGUAUUUAAAGAAGAUUUAGGGGCCCCUGGAUGGCUCAGUCGGUUGAGCGUCCAACUUCAGCUCAGGUCAUGAUCUCAUGGUCUGUGAGUUCAAGCCCUGCAUUGGGCUCUGUGCUGACAGCUCAGAGCCUGGAGCCUGCUUUGGAUUCUGUGUCUCCCUCACUCUCUUCCCCUCCCCCGCUCAUGCUCUGUCUCUCUGUCAAACAUAAAUAAAACAUUAAAAAAAAUUUUUUUUAAUAAAGAAGAUGUAAUACUUAUUCUCCUCAAACUAUUCCAAAAAAAUAGAAGAUGGAAGAAAGUUUCCAAAUACAUUCUGUGAGGCCAGCAUUACCCCAAUAUCAAAACUAGACAAAGACACAUCCAAAAAAAAGAACUAUAGACCAAUAUCCCUUAUGAACACAGAUGCAAAAAUUCUCAACAGAAUAUUAGCAAGCCACAUUCAAUGGAUUAUUCACCUCUUAUCAAGUGGGAUUUAUUCUUGUGAUGCAAGCGUGAUUAAAUAUUUGCAAAACAACAUGAUACACAAUAUUAACAAAAUGAAGGAUAAAAAUAUAAUCAUCUCAAUGAAAAAGCAUUUAACUAAAUACAACAACCAUUCAUGUUAGAAACUCUCACUAAAGUGGGUUUAGAGGGAACAUACCUCAACAUAAUAAAGGCCAUAUAUAAAAACCCACAGCUAACAUCGUAGUGGUGAAAAACUGAGAGUCUUUCACCUAAGAUCAGAAACAAUGGAAAAAGGUCUACUUUCACUAUUUUUAUUCAACACAGUACUGGAAGUUACAUUCACAGCAAUCAGAGAUGAAAAGGAAAUGUAAGUCAUACCAGUUAGUAAGAAAAAUGUUACUAAUGGUCACUAUUUGCAGAUGACAUGAUACUACACUUAGAAAACCCUAAAGACUCCAUCUGAAGACUAUUGGAAUAAAUGAAUUCAGUAAAGUUGCAGGAUAUAAAAUUAACAUAAAGAAAUCUGUUGCAUCUCAUUACACUAAUAAUGAAGUAGGAGAAAGGGAAAUUAAGAAAACAAUUCCAUUUGUAAUUGCACCAAAAAGAAUAAAAUAUCUAAGAAGAAACUUAAUGAAGGAGGUGAAAGACCUAUACUCUAAAAACUAUAAAACACUGAUUAAGUAAAUGAAAGUUGAUACAAGCAAAUAAAAGUAUAUACCAUGUUCAUGGAUUAGAAGAACUAGUAUUGUUAAAAUGUCUAUACUGCCCAAAGCAAUCUAUGGAGUCACUGUAAUCCCUAUCAAAAUAUCAACAGCAUUUCUCAUAGAACUAGGAAAAACAAUACUAAAACUUGUAUGGAACCACAAAAGACUCCAAAUAGUCAAAGCAAUCUUGAGAAAGAAGAAAAAAAGCUGGAAGCAUCAUAGUCCAGAUUUUACUGGCAGAAAAACAAAUAUACAGAUCUAUGAAACAGAAUAGACAGCCAGAAAUAAAUUCAUGCUUAUAUUAUCAAUAACAAAGGAGACAAAAAUAUACAAUAGGGAAAGGACAGUCUCUUCAGUAAAUUGUGGUGGGAAAAAUGAACAGCUACCUGCAAAAGAAUGAAAACUGGACCACUUUUUUUUUUCUUUUUUUAACGUUUUAUUUAUUUUUGAGACGGGGAGAGACAGAGCAUGAACAGGGGAGGGUCAGAGAGAGGGAGACACAGAAUCCGAAACCGGCUCCAGGCUCUGAGCUGUCAGCACAGAGCCCGACGCAGGGCUCGAACUCAUGGACCGCGAGAUCAUGACCUGAGCUGAAGUCGGCCGCCCAAACGACUGAACCACCCAGGCGCCCCUGGACCACUUUCUUAUACACAAAAAUGAACUCAAAAAGAUUAAAGACCUAGUGUGAAACCUGAAAACCUAAAACUCUUAGAAGAAAACAUAGGCAGUAAUUUCUUUGAUUUCAGCCUUAGCACCAUUUUUCUAGCUAUGUCUUCUCAGGAAAGCAAAACAAAAGCAAAAAUAAA